GCACACUGAAGUCUUGCACAUUGCUCUCAACUUGACGUCGAAGCUUUCAUAUUGCUAAAUCAGCACGGUUCGAGUUGCAGCGCAGACUUCUGAGCCCGCUGCGGAGUGGCGCUGCUAUACCUGCUCAUCUGGCUAGGAGUCUUCAAUUGCCGUCACAAUGAGUGCAAUUCUAUCUGCAGACGACUUGAACGAUUUCAUUUCUCCCGGAGUUGCGUGCAUCAAGCCUGUGGAAACUCUCCCUGCAAAGGAUCCCUCGAAAACAGAUAACCCCUAUGAAGUGACCACAGAAGACAAAGUGCAGCCUGAAAAUCUUCCACCGGCACAAAUCUCUUUGACUGACUGCCUCGCAUGCUCUGGGUGCGUCACUUCAGCUGAGGCCGUGCUCAUCUCGUUGCAAUCGCAUGCGGAAGUCCUCAACACUUUGGAUGCGCAUCCCGAGUUGCUGAUCAACCGUGAAAAUGGGACAUUAGCACAGGGUCUGGGCACGGACAAUGACGAAGGCCGAGUUUUCGUCGCAAGUGUUAGCCCUCAGGUGAGGGCAAGCCUAGCAGCAACCUAUGGAAUCACGGAGAAGGAAGCAUCAUACAUGAUCCAGCAGUUCCUCAGCGGUCCCCACGGUUUGCGUGCUGGAGGCAAGAAUGGCAGCGGCUUCACAUGGGUUGUCGACACCAAUGUUCUGCGCGAGGCUGUCUUGGUUCUUACGGCGGACGAAGUUGACGAGACUUUGACGACCAACCCCGAUUCCCCUAGCACAAACAGCGCAACCAAUACUCUUCCCAAACGGCCGAUCCUCUCGUCCGCGUGUCCAGGCUGGAUAUGUUAUGCGGAAAAGACACAUCCAUUUGUUCUCCCACAUCUGUCACGACUCAAAUCACCGCAAGCGUUGGCUGGAACCUUUUUCAAAACCGUCCUCAGUAAAUCACUUGGCAUCCCGGCCUCUCGUAUAUGGCAUUUGGCCGUCAUGCCUUGCUUUGACAAGAAGCUUGAAGCCAGUCGUGAGGAGCUUACCGAUGCUUCGUGGCUGUCUGCGAAGGACGAAAACCACACAGCCGUCCGUGAUGUUGAUUGCGUGAUCACCACUCGCGAACUUCUAAGCCUAGCGUCUUCCAGGGGCCUUGCGCUUCCCAACCUACCGUUUAAAUCCCUUCCUCAGUCUUAUAUACCACCAUUUCCAGAUACCACUUUGAACGAAUUUCUGUUCUCAAAGUCUUCCCCAGGACAAUCAAAUGCCGCAGGUACAUCUGGAGGCUACCUCCACCACGUGCUUCAGACUUUCCAAGCACGUAAUCCAGGCAGUGAGAUUGUCACUCAACGAGGAAGAAACGCCGAUGUAGUCGAGUACACCCUCAUGUCGUCGGAGCACACGCCUAUCCUGAAAGCUGCUCGCUAUUACGGUUUCCGCAAUAUUCAAAAUCUUGUUCGCAAGCUGAAACCAGCCCGGGCUUCUCGUCUUCCGGGCGGUAGUCGACGAAUGCCGGUCGGACGGGGCGCUGCGUCUGGUGGUUCUGGCACAGAUUACGCUUAUGUAGAAGUCAUGGCAUGCCCUGGAGGCUGUACUAAUGGAGGAGGUCAGAUACGCAUUGAAGAUGCCCGCGAAGCUAGCUCCAGCGUGCAAUCCUCAACCUCGGGCGAAGUGCCCGACUCCUCGUCGAAGCCGACACCACAUGAGCAACGCGCUUGGCUUGCCCGUGUAGACGAGGCAUAUUACUCUGCGGAGUCCGACUCCGAGUCGGAAGCCGGAAGCCAGUCGCAGCCCCUAACCAUUCUUGAGAAAGAAGACAAAGUCCAUAAUGCCAUGCGUUAUUGGUCCGACUUCAUGGGCAUCCCGCUCUCGAAGCUUGCCUACACCACAUAUCGCGAGGUUGAGAGUGAUGUUGGCAAGUCCCAGCCUGUCGCGAACGAUACUACUCGCGUUGCUGAGCUUGCUGGGAAGAUUGGCGGUGGUUGGUAAAUCUGUUUCUUUUCUUUCACUUAUUUAUGACAUAUACCCUGUGAUGUUUGGAUGACAUGAGCUAUGCGUGCAUUUUCUUCAUCGGGACAACAGUAUUUGCAUUUGGACAGCAAAUUAUAUAGAGAGAUACCAUGUUUGCUGGUGGAAUCGGUGGCAGCACGAUAAGUCGUGGGAGAUGUAUAUUGUGUCUUAUACUAGAUACAAUACAAAAGGC